AUGGAUGCCAACCAGUAUGGCGAAGAUAUGAAGGACUCCCAUCCAAUCAUGCUAGCAGAGGCAAGGUACCUGCUUGAGGGGCAGAAGGAAAGGUUCCGGGCGGACUUUAGGUCGAAUGCAUCAAAGGUGUUUAGAUCAACACUGGGAUACUUGGACGACUUCUGCAGGAUCAAGGACAAGUCUGUUGCUGAGGAUCUUCGCACGACGCUCUCUGGACUAGGGUUUGGUGAGGUGGAGAUAGCCCUGUUUGGCUCCCUGUUUCCCCAGUCGGUUGAAGAGGCCAAGUCUCUUGUGCCAUCGCUUGGGACGAGGGACGACGACGCCAUAAACCAGGCAGUAGAGAAGAUACAGCAGCUAAUCUGA